UUCUCCGAAAAGUGUAUCUCCUCCCUCUCUCUCUCUACUCCUCUAAAAAAAAAAUUAACUUGGCUAGGGUUUUCGAUUUCGUGUAUUUCAAUUCUCAAAUAACACUCGAUUCAGAAAUCCAAAAAAAUCUGGUGUGUAAACAGUCCGGUUUGAUCUUCCAUGGAUUCUCGAGAUUCUUCGUCCGCUGUAGCAUCCGAUGCCGCUAGAGAUGCGUCGUUACUCUCCGAAGACGCAGCCGUUCUCUCUGUAACCUCUACACUCGCUAAGUCCGCUCUCUCUUGCUUCCAAUCUGGAAAAUUCGAAGACUGUAUCGACAUUUUGAUUCAGCUCGAUCAGAAGCAGCAUAACGAUCCUAAGGUUCUACACAAUAUGGCAAUUGCAGAGUACUUCAAGGGUGGUUGCUCGAAAUCCAAGAAACUGUUGGAAGAGCUUAACUGUGUCAAGAAACAAAGUGAAGAACUUGCUUCUGCAGCAAGAGAACAAGUAGAAGCUGUAAACCCUGGAACUAAUGUCUCUGUGUCGAAGGAUCAAUUUGAUAGUACAGUAACAACGCUCAACAUUGCAGUUACCUGGUUUCAUAUGCAUCAGUAUACAAAAUCUUCAUCCAUUCUAGAACCUUUGUUCCAAAAUAUUGGGCGGCUAGAUGAGACAAUCGCACUUCAAAUUUGUUUUUUGUUGCUGGAUAUUGCACUGGCUAGUCAUGAUGCUGUAAAAUUUUUGGCUGUGUUUGACUAUAUGGACAAAGCUUUUGGUGUUGGUUUUGGAAGCCACGAAGAAAAUGGAAGCACAAUGCAACUUUCGUCAAAUCAGGGAUCAAAGACAUCUUCUCUCCUGAGCAGCUCGGUGGUGGCAGAUACAGUUGCUGAAAGUAGUUUGUGUGAGGAAACUCUAGAUUAUGACAAUGUGCUAGCAGCAGAAUUUGAGGCAGAGAAACGAAUGAAGUCAGUUGGUCAUAUACCAGCAAACAAUCUUCUCAAGACAUUAAGCGAAAGGUCAUUCUCCACUGCUGAUCUGAAGCUCGAGUUGCAGCUUUACAAGGUCCGGUUUUUGCUUCUUACCAGAAACUUGAAACUGGCGAAGCGUGAAGUUAAACAUGCGAUGAACAUUGCUCAAAAAAGGGACUCUUCUAUGGCUCUCCUCUUGAAAUCCCAGCUUGAGUAUGCUCAUGGGAAUCAUCAAAAGGCUAUGAAGCUUUUGGUGGUCUCUGGUAUUCACAAAGAAUCAGGGACUUCAGGAAUCUUCAACAACAACCUUGGUUGCAUAUACUAUCAGCUUGGAAAAUAUGAAGCUUCCUCUCAGUUAUUUUCAAAAGCUCUAAGGAGCUGUUCAUCACUUAGAAAUGAGAAACCAGUGAAGACGUUUUCUCUCUCACAGAAUAAGUCUUUGUUAAUCACAUACAACAUGGGUUUGCUUUAUUUGGCGCGUGGGGAGCCUCUACUUGCUGCUCAAUGCUUCCAGAAGGCUAGUGUUGUUUUCUGCAGACAACCCCUCAUUUGGCUCCGUUUAGCUGAAUGCUGUAUGAUGGCUUUACAAAGCGGGCUUUUGGAUAGGUCAGAAAUCAGAGUCAAUGUAGUUGGGAAAGGGAAGUACAGAAAACUUAUGAUUGAAGAAAAUGAACAUGUGGAACUUGAUGGCAGUGCCCAAUGCGGGAAGCUUUCAUUACCACUAGCACGGGCUUGUCUCUCAAAUGGUAUAUAUCUGCUUAAUGAGUCUCUCUUGAAUGAAUCUAAAUCAGAUCGUGAAUCGACAUUAUCCGUGGGGAUGAAUGAGACCAAAGAAGCAUCAUCUGCUGAUCAUGGGGAAGCUAACACGAACUCAGACUUGAAAGAGGCAAAAGGAGGAUUGAACCAGGACAUAAUUCAAAGCUCCCUCUCUGCUUUCAAGAAUAUUCAAAGUAGAGAAAAGCUGUUGAUUAAACAAGCUCUGCUUGCCAAUAUGGCAUACGUAGAACUGGAGUUGGAGAAUCCUAUCAAAGCCUUGGCAGCUGCUAAUUCACUCUUGCAAGUUCCUGAUUGUUCAAAGAUCUAUGUUUUCUUAGGCCAUCUUUAUGCAGCGGAGGCCCUCUGCUUGCUCAACCGUCCCGUUGAAGCUGGCGCGCACUUAUCUGCGUAUCUAGUUGGACAGGAUGAUUUUAAAUUGCCAUAUGAGCAAGAAGACUUUGACCAGUGGCGGAUGCACACAAGUUCUGAUUGUGAAGAGACGUUGGAUUCGUCAACGGGAAAUGCCCGGGAUUCAGUUUUCCUAAAGCCAGAAGAAGCUCGUGGGGCACUUUUUGCAGACCUUGCGGCGCUGCUUGCCACACAAGGACAUCAUGACCAGGCCAAAGCUAUGAUAACACACGCAUUAACUCUCAUACCAAACAAUGUACAAGCUACAGUUACAGCAGUCUACAUUGACAUGAUGUUGGGUAGGUCGCAAGAUGCCCUUACUCGGUUAAAACAGUGUACCCGUGUGAGCUUUGUUCCAGGCAGAUUGGAAGUGAGAGCCUCGUAGAAGAUUUGUACUCUAAACGGUAUGGUUUCUAUUUGAAAUUCAAGCUUUUGUACAAUUAGGUUGUUCUAUAAAUAUCAGAGAAUAAGCUUUUGUACAAUUUUUUUUUUCUUACUUUUUUUCCUUGUAUUAGUACUGUGAGAUGAUAUUUGCAUUCUUGACUUAGAUUUGGGUCGUCUAAGGGGUUAGUUGAUUUCUUGUUCAGGAACAAAACACAAGUUUUUUUGUACUUCGUUUAAAUUUUGGUUCAGAACAGACCCUCUAAUUCAGUUUACUUUAGA